CAUCACUUACCAAAAUUAAACAGCCGCAUGUUAGUCUUACAGGGUCUAUCAUUACACGGGCAGACAUACAGGUAUAUUAACCCACCAAUUCUGCCACCCGCCUUCACCCCCUCCACUUCAUCUGCUUCCCGGAGGACCAGCAAAACAUAUACCAUAACUACUGCUACAGACUUGUCUCCAUCAACUGGACUCUAUCUUGUAUAGGGAAACCAGGUAGUAUCAUAUUCUAGUCCCGUUGAAAUACAUUUUCUAUUCCUCCCCUUUACACGGAUAAUAACGACUUCUUCCGCGCCCCUCAUACACAUACUUCAGCCUAGCCAUACCUUGGUACUGGGGUAAUAUACCCAACGAGAAUCAUGAAUGUUCUUAAACUCCAAAGGAAGUAUCCCCAGUUCGACCAGAGCGAAAUCUUUGCACUACAAGAUGCUUUUAGAAAGUUGGACGUUGAUGACAAAGGCUAUUUGGAGGAGUCGGCUGUCAUCAAGGCUACUCAGCAAUCUGAGCGGCAGCCCUAUGAUGUGGUACGGCAGGCAUUGAAGGAAGUGGAACUUGACAGCUCUCGACGUGUGGAGCUCGAAGACUAUGUUGAUCUCAUUUCCAAGCUUCGUUCGGCUCCAGUGCAGAAUAGGCCUCCUGGUACCUCCAGUAUUAUUGCGGCUGGCCAGGGAAAUGGCGCUGGUCCUCGUCACGUCUCAAAAGGUAGUGUCGGCGGAAAGAUUCAUGUUCAAGGUUCCUCUGCAAACGUCACACACACCAUCAAUGAGGAUGAAAGGACCGAAUUUACACGGCACAUCAACGCUGUUCUUGCCGGUGACCCAGAUAUUGGCCAUUUGCUCCCAUUCCCUACAGAUACUUUCGAGAUGUUUGACGAGUGCAAGGAUGGCCUGGUUCUGGCAAAGUUGAUAAACGACAGCGUCCCGGAUACAAUUGAUGAACGUGUCCUAAACAAGUCCGGCAGAAAGACUAAGGAGCUAAACACUUUCCAAAUGACGGAAAAUAACAAUAUUGUUAUCAACUCUGCUAAGGGUAUUGGUUGCUCUGUUGUGAAUAUUGGAAGUGGUGACAUUAUUGAAGUCCGGGAACAUCUCAUCCUUGGUCUUAUCUGGCAGAUUAUUCGCCGCGGUCUGUUGGGAAAAAUUGAUAUCAAGCUUCACCCUGAACUUUAUAGACUCCUAGAAGACGACGAGACGCUUGAACAGUUUCUUAGAUUGCCCCCAGAGCAGAUUUUACUCCGCUGGUUCAAUUAUCACCUAAGAAAUGCGAGGUGGGAUAGAAGGGUGUCGAAUUUUUCGAGUGAUGUGAAGGAUGGUGAAAACUAUACUGUUCUCCUCAAUCAACUGGCACCUGACAUGUGCUCUUUGGAUCCCUUGCACUCCCAGGAACCCCUCUACCGAGCUGAACAGGUCUUGUCAAAUGCAGAAAAAAUAGGCUGCCGCAAGUUCUUGACCCCAUCCUCGCUAGUUGCGGGGAAUCCGAAGCUCAAUCUUGCCUUCGUGGCGAACCUGUUCAACACGCAUCCGGGACUUGACCCAAUUACAGAAGAAGACAAGCUUGAAGUGGAAGAUUUCGACGCUGAAGGUGAGCGCGAAGCAAGGGUAUUCACUCUUUGGUUGAACUCGUUGGACGUGCAGCCGCCGGUCAAUUCUUUGUUCGAUGAUCUUCGAGAUGGCACUGUUUUACUGCAGGCUUAUGAUAAGGUAAUUCCCGGAAGUGUGAACUGGAGGCAUGUGAACAGGCCCCCGGCAUCCGGUGGAGAGAUGAUGCGGUUCAAAGCAGUGGAGAACACAAAUUAUGCUAUUGAGCUUGGAAAGCAUAAUGGUUUCUCUCUCGUCGGCGUCCAAGGAGCAGAUAUUACCGAUGGCCAGCGAACUCUCACGUUGGGACUGGUAUGGCAAAUAAUGCGAAGGGAUAUAACGAACACGCUUUCUAGCUUAGCAAAGCGAAUGGGGAAACGGGAAAUAACCGAUGCGGAGAUGGUUCGGUGGGCAAAUGACAUGUCCCGAAAGGGCGGCAGGCCAUCCACAAUUCGCAGUUUCAAGGACCAGUCCAUUGGAUCGGGAAUUUUCCUCCUUGACGUGCUCAACGGCAUGAAGAGUAGUUAUGUCGACUAUGAGCUUGUAACCCCGGGAAGGACUGAUGAAGAGGCCUACGCAAAUGCCAAAUUGAGCAUCAGCAUAGCGAGGAAGCUGGGUGCAACUAUUUGGUUGGUGCCAGAAGAUAUUUGCCAGGUUCGCUCACGAUUGGUAACAACAUUCAUUGGUUCUCUGAUGGCUACAUAUGAAAAAAUGUAAUGAGAAGAGCUGUGAGGAGCAGUUGGAAUUAGCGCGAGAUGUGGUGGUGGUGAUAUAUUUGCUUCUCACCGUUGGUUUUUAAAACUGCGAUCAGGUCUUAAAGAGUGAUUCCGGUUUGCCUACUUACAUUGCUGCUUUGGGUCUCGCGCCGUUUUAACUGUGUACAUGCUGAAAACCCUUUUAACAUUCCAAAUACAUUCGACACGGAUGGAAGAAACCCCAAUUCAACAUGGCAUUAUUUAUGUUUUAAGCUUUGGCCGCGCCGGCAUUGGGGAAUCGAGUCCGUACAACUCCCGAACUGUAUAUUAAUGUCAGGGGGCAGCAAUUAGUGUGAUUUGUCGACCUACUCCAUACUCCUUACAUUUGCAGUUUCGAUAAUAAAAGCACCACCCUUCCACAUUUGCCUGUUGAAAUACCAUAUCCGAUCGGGUGUGCCAUAACUAUCAGUCAUAUUAGCUACGGGAACGGCGGUGUGGGCACAAUUGUAAGAAUCAAGUCACAGGGUCAGCCAGUACAGGCUCAUUCUCGAGUAAACUAGCUGGAAUCAGAAAUGGAGUAGGAUUGCAGGCCAA